CGGAGCUCGGCGCGCAUGCCCGGUACUGGCACGGAGUCUCCGGGUCACACACACAUAUAGAAGGGGGGGAUGAGGUGUCCCGGGUGCUUGCAGUGAUCGGAGAAGGCUGUGGCCGGGCACGGUGACCCGGAUCGGGGCUGUGGCGGUGCUCCGGGAUAUGUGGCUCCUCUACCUCCUGCUGGGCUGUGUGGAUGGUCAGCUGUUACCUGGCAAUAACCAGACGACAGAAUGUAACAUGCCCGGGAACUUCAUGUGUAACGAUGGGGUGUGCAUACCAGGCGGAUGGGAGUGUGACGGGCUGACUGACUGCUCUGAUGGCAGCGAUGAAGAGGAAUGUCCUAAAGCCAAUUCAAAGUGUGGUCCGACGUUCUUCCCAUGUGCCAGUGGAGUGCACUGCAUCAUCGGACGCUUCCAGUGCAAUGGACUUGAGGACUGUCCGGACGGCAGCGACGAGGAGAACUGCACUGCUCACCCGCUGCUCUGCUCUACGUCUCGCUUCCACUGCAGGAACAAGCUGUGUAUAGACAAGAGCUUCGUCUGCGACGGGGAGAAUAACUGCAAGGACAAUAGUGAUGAGGAGAACUGUCCGAGCUCACAAGAUGGCGGCAGUAAGAAGGAGUUUGUGUCCUCGGAAAGUCACCUUCUAUAUUACCCGAGUAUCACGUACACCAUCAUCGGCAGCUCCGUCAUCUUCGUGCUGGUGGUGGCGCUGCUGGCUCUGAUCUUGCACCAUCAAAGGAAACGUACGAACCUGAUGAGUCUUCCGGUGCACCGGCUGCAGCACCCGCUCCUGCUCUCCAGACUGGUGGUGCUGGACCACCCGCACAACUGCAGAGUCACCUACAACGUCAACAACGGGGUGCAGUACAUGUCGGGCGAGGGGUACCAGCCGCCAGUCAGCAUCGAGUCUCCGCCAUCCUACAGCGAGGCCGUGCUGGACCACAACUCCCCUCCGCCUUGGUUCUCUCUGCCGCCUCCUCCGUAUCCCUCCGACAUGGAAUCUUACAGCCAGACGGAGCUGCCUCCAUACCGGUCCCGGACAGGCAGCGUCAACAGCGCCGGUUCCACAGGAAACACUCUGGACAAUGCAAGCAGCACUUGGGAUUCCGCCAGCCCCGCCGAAGCACCGGAACCGGUCCAAACAGCCGGAGAGACUCAACUGAGCACAGUGCUGGAGGUCUAAGUUACUGAAGAGACUCUGUCCGGUUAAGUUUACACAGGCGUCACGGGGAGACGGGUGUCCGUUCCUGAUGCUAGCAGAGGGCUUCCUGAACUCGGAGGGUGUAUUGAGACGCAUAAUACAGGUUACACACACAAGUGCUCAGUAAAGAGUCUGCUUCACCGUUGGGGAAGAGCAUCCGCCGCACGCGACAGAUUUCGCCCCUUUGGUACCCAUUUUUGUUGGCGACUCUCCCAGCGCCCAACCUUCGACUGUCAUGGGUUGGUCUGUGGUAUCUUGUUACCAGCAAAUAUUCCUCAUAUUUUUUAUAGAAUCCAGAUGUAUAUUUUUUUAGAUUUCUUUUUUUUUCUUCUUUUGUAUUUGAUAUAUAUUUUCUUUUCCUUUUUUUUUUGCUACCACAUAUUCUUUGUGAAGCAAUAAGGCACUUAAAUAGUAGGGAAGAUGAUCAACGUUCCCCUCCUGUCUAUCAACUGCUUAGUUUGGAUAGCUGCAAAUUAAAUGUAGAAAAUUCCAUUCCAGGCCAGUUCUACAUACAGGGAUUUUAGAAGGCCACAUUUACAACUUUUUGUAAUUUUUAUUUUUUCCCCACCUUGUUAUGCAUCUUUGCAUAAACGCACAUGCAGUAAAACUCAAGGCAGGUUAGUAAAAAGAAAAAAAACACCAAGUCAUGCAAAAGUGCAUUCAUAUAAAAGCAGCCAAUGUACCGUAUUUAUCAUGGUAUAGCGCGCACCCCUAAACUUGCCCCGAAUUCCUGU